CUCCUCGCCGGGGCUAUUCUCCUAUUGGUCAGAGGGUAAUUUCUCCUGCUCCAGGUAGUAAGGGUGGCAGUUAUUCUCUAAUCAUGUGGGUUAAGAACAAAGAAGGCAAAGGAGUGGUUGAAUCUUUUGGAGAGGAAGGAGAUUAUUUAGUGAUGGAUAACGCUUCUUUUCAUCGAGCACCCGAUAAGAGGAAGGAACUGGGUUUACCAA